GCCCCGCUGCGCUUCCAUGUGUGCGAGCCCCAGCAAACCCCCCGGGCCGCCUGACUCAGCGCUUUAUCAGCGGCGGAGCGGCAAAAUGCGGCUCUCGUCCAGCGCAGCCCGUGCCUGGCGUUUGUGUCGCUGAAGGGCUCGGCCGAUCCCUCCCUGCCCGGCGCAGCCCAGAGGAUCGCAGCGGCGGCGGCAGCCACGGCCGGCUCGGGUCUGUAAGUCACCGGCAUCGGGCUCGGCGUUUGGUUCGCAGAUCGGUAACACCGGUAAGAAGGCUCCCAAAAGGAUGGCGUCCCUGAUGGAGCUGAAGGAGAUCUUCCGCAGCGCCGACGCCGUGUGCUUCGACGUGGACAGCACCGUCAUCAGGGAGGAGGGCAUCGACGAGCUCGCCAAGUUCUGCGGGGUCGGCGACGCCGUGGCGGAGAUGACCCGCAGAGCCAUGGGUGGCACUGUGACAUUCAAGGCAGCUCUCACAGCACGGUUAGGUCUCAUCCGGCCCUCCUACGAACAAGUGCAGAAAUUAAUAUCUGACAACCCACCUCAGCUAACUCCAGGAAUAAGGGAGCUGGUGAGCAGGCUGCACCAACGAGGGGUCCAGGUGUUCUUGGUCUCCGGGGGCUUCCAGAGCAUCGUGGAACACGUGGCCUUGCAGCUGAACAUCCCCACGGCAAACGUCUUCGCCAACAGGCUCAAGUUUUACUUCAACGGAGAAUAUGCAGGGUUCGAUGAAACACAACCAACAGCUGAAUCAGGGGGGAAAGGAAAGGUUAUCACUCAUCUGAAAGAACAGUUCCAUUUCAAGAAAGUGGUUAUGAUUGGAGAUGGAGCUACAGACAUGGAAGCCUGCCCCCCUGGAGAUUGCUUCAUUGGAUUCGGAGGCAACGUCGUCAGAAACCAAGUAAAGGAGAAAGCAAAAUGGUACAUCACCCACUUCGAUGAAUUGCUAAAGGAGCUGGAGGAGCGAUAAACCCUCGUGUAAAAUAAUCUAUUUAACACCUGUAAAUCCAUUAUACAAUGCCAUUAAACAUUUAUUUGUUUGCAAA